ACCCACCUGGCAAGAUGUCGCGACUCGGAAUAGUAUAUCUUCUGGUGCUGCAAGUGGUGCUCAAUAGUGGCAAACCCCUGCCAGCUGGAGUCUACGAUCCGGAGGAGGCAGCUGGCUUCGUGGAGGGAGAUAUGAUGCUCACGGAGGAGCAGCAAAGUAAUCUGGAGCACGGACCCAAGGCCAGAAAUGGCCUCAUCAACACGGAGAGGCGAUGGCCAAACAACGUUGUGGUCUACAGGAUAUCAGAUGACUUCGAUGCGGCGCACAAAAGAGCCAUCCAAAAUGGCAUCGAUACCUUGGAGCAGAACACCUGUCUGCAGUUCAGGGAGGCCACCGACGAGGAUACCGCCUACUUGACAAUUACGGCCAACUCGGGUGGCUGCUACACAGCAGUGGGUUACCAGGGAAAGCCCCAGGAAAUGAAUCUGGAGAUUUACCCGCUGGGCGAAGGCUGCUUCCGACCGGGAACCGUCCUGCAUGAGUUCAUGCAUGCCUUGGGAUUCUAUCACCAGCAGAGCUCGUCCAUUCGGGAUGGUUACAUCAACGUGAUCUACGACAACAUUGUGCCCGGCAAGGAGUUUAAUUUCCAGAAAUAUGCCGACACAGUGGUCACAGACUUUGAAGUUGGCUAUGAUUACGAAAGUUGUCUGCACUAUCGACCCGGAGCCUUUUCCAUUAAUGGCGAGGAUACGAUAGUGCCACUGGAUUCCACCGCUGAAAUUGGACAGCGGGUGGGCUUAAGCUCCAAGGAUAUCGAUAAGAUCAACAUUAUGUACAAGUGCCCCAUUCAGCUGUAGUUCUGAAUCGGGCUACUGUGCACUUAGUGCCUAGUUAAUUGUGAUAUAAUAUACACUUAUGUAUUCCUCAGUCGUCGACUGACGUGAUUAGAUCGGUUUUAUUGAUCUACGCUGUCAUUGUCAUUGCGGUCUGAACUAUUUAUAAAACAAGCGUAAAUUAAAGCCAUACACCUUUA